AUGGCAAGAGUGGAAGAUAUACUGGAAGUUCAUAAAAACAUAGCAGAAUCGCUUGGUAAUAGGAUGGCAGAAUUCGAAAAACAACUGAAAUUCACAAGUAGCACUGAAGGUAAUAGGAACAGUCUUGAUAAACUUGCAAGUGAGUUUAAAGAGUUUAAGGCCUCAGUGUGGAACAUCCUGGACCUCCUAAGGACACUUGUCACUAAUUUAUCUUCACAAAUUGAUGACAUCGACAACACUUCUAGAAGAAAUGCUCUGCUGUUCGGUGGUAUUCAGGAGGCUGAAGGUGAGAACUUGGUCUCAACGGUCCUUGGAACAAUUCAAGUGUUGAUGGGCAUCCCUGAUCUUCAGCCAGGUGUGAUCCAGUACUGCCAUCGUAUAGGAAGUAAGUCUGAGAGGGCUCCUCAACCCAUUGUUGUCCGAUUUAAUGACUUAAAAGUUAAAAGUCUCAUUUGGAGUAAUAAAAAGAAAUUGAAGUCGUCUCCAGUUGUGCUGAGUGAAAAAACACAAAAGCAAGGAAAAGAUUUGGCAUAA